AUGUUGCAUCGCUCUGACUGUGAACAGGAUCCUCUUACCACUUGGCAUCGUGGUCGUGCAAUCAUUAUCGGCGACGCUGCUCAUGCUAUGCUGCCUACACAGGGGCAGGGAGCCAGUCAAGCCAUCGAAGAUGCGGAAGCGUUAGGGGCCUUUUUCGAGGGUAUGAGUGAGCCGCCGUCGUCAGAAGAGAUCGCGAAAAUCUUGGAGGAAAUUUUCCAAUGCCGUCAUUCAAGAGUCAGUCUCAUCCAAGGGUAUAGUCGACAAGCUGCUAAGCCAGCUACCGUACAAGGCGAGAAAACCGUCACUAUGAAACCCGACGAAUUCAUGGACUUCAACUGCAUGUACCGAGGCGCUAAGCUAUGGCGACAAAAUCAGUUGCUCGAGAGCAUCGAUUCCGCUGUGCAGAAGAAGUUGUGCCAGAAAACCUACGAGCGCCCUGACCAUCUCGCUCGCCAUCUAGAUUCUCAUCGCAAUGAGCGUGCUUUCGUAUGCCCCAUAUGCCAGAGAGGGUUUAAUCGUCGAGAUGUCUUGCAGCGGCAUCAGGCCGUUCAUGAAAAGAACUCUGCUCGUGGAAGACCGAUAAUUAAGCGUCAAAAGGAACGAGCUGCUGAAGCAUGCGAUGCGUGUGCCACAGCCAAGUUGAGCUGCGAUAACGAAAGGCCCUGCAAGGUAGUGAUCAAUAUUGCCCAGUCUCCGUACUCUGCAUUAACAGGGACACAGAGAUGUCGAAAUAAGGGAGUCGAAUGUAUCGCUAAAAGAAACUUGAGACGGGACAGCGUACGGCAAAUGUCGACUUCUGCGCUAGACUCAUCGGCUUCUCCGGCGGAUAGCUUGCACACCCAGUCCGAUGUGCCAGAGUUCAUUGGCUCUUUGAGGACACCCAAUUCGGCCUUGGAUCAAGGAAGUCUAUCGGCCGUCUCUGUUAGUACUGCAGCCAUAGACCACGCAUUCUACCUGCCAACGAAAUCGCGUCAAGAGAUCACGAAUUACCAGGACACGAGAGGCUUCCCGGCAUUCUUUGAACAAAUCAUGCUCCCCAGCACGGAUGUCAUGACCACUUCACAGGCAAUACAGCAGCCUCGCGACGUCUUUGACUUUAUGCACGACACGGAUUUCAGCAUAUCUGGGAGUGACCUGUUUGGGAACGAUUUUAUCCCGGACCUAGAUCGUAUCCUAGAUUCAGGAAUUCCCAUCCCUCUAGACGAAGAGCUAGGCGACUCCGUAGACGAGAACCCAGUUACUACGAAGCAACGAGUAGCUGUCUUUCAAAGAUCAUUAUGGCUCUCGUCACACGCUAGAGAUGAGAUUUUCCAGCUCGUUGUACGAACGGGUAACCCGCGUCUCUCGGUCUCUUCCUUUCCAACUGCAGAGCACUUGGACCUUCUCAUCAAGAUUGGAAUAGCCAAGCGCACUGAGACUGGUGCAUGGAUCCAUCCAUAUACCUUCUAUCAUCCGGAAAGCAGGCCGGAGUUACUCACUGCUCUUGUAGCUGCUGGCUGCGUCUGCUGUGGCAUACUAUCUAUCAGCAAGACAGGUCUUGUCCUGCAGGAAAUUGUCCGCGUAGCGCUUUCGCAGCUGGUAGAAUCGGACAACAGUGUCCUCCGGGAUCUUCAAUAUCUGCAAGCUUCGAUGAUCUGGCUUGAUAUUGGCACUUUUUGCGGAUAUAAGAGGAAAAUGCAAAUUGCAGAGAGUCAUCUACAGCCACUUUGCACGGCACUGCGACGAGCUGGGGCGUUUGACCGCUCUACUUAUGCCCUUAUCACGUCCCCCUCUGUCCCAGAAGAAGAAGAAUUACUUGAGAAGACAUGGCAGGAAUGCGCCAAGCAGGAGUCUCUGAAAAGGCUUGUGUAUCAUCUCUUCGAGCACGACAUCGAGGUGGCUACCGCUAUGAACCGCCCGGCAAUAAUAUCAUAUUCUGAGUUGACUCUUCCGCUCCCUGCGUCUCGAGAUCUUUGGCUUGCACCGAAUGCGAAAGCCUGGAAAGACAUUUGGGUAACGCGAUAUCGCCAUCUUAGUUUGCCCGAGUUGAGUCUUCGAGACCUUCUGUCAGAUCCGUCGCUUUUCAAUCAGCUGCCCCUGGGAUUGGAUGUAGGGAUCGCGCAUUCUGCCAUCCUGCACGGACUGGCAGGUCAAACCUGGGAUUUUCGACAGCAGGUUCUGCUAGCUCGUAGCUGUCGCUCCGAACCACGUGUAUGGCUCACCUGUGGCUUCAAAGUCGUCAAGAUGACAUCCGACGCCAGCAGCCGGACAGCAGUGGCAACUUUGUUUCACGAAUUUGUCAUGAUGUAUCUGCAUACAGAUGUCGAUUCUAUUCAGAGGUUUGUGGGGAAAUACGGGGAAGUGGAGGCAAGACGCGCAUAUCCUGGACUUCAAGCCUGGAGCCACACAAAGGAAGCCCGUACAGCCAUCUGGCAUGCUGGUCAAGUCUUCCGCGCAGCUCGCCAAGUUCCUCAUUUCCAAUUACGUGGAUUCGAUACUUUGGCCGUUUAUCAUGCUACCGUUACCCUUUGGGUGUACGGGUUGCUGCAGUAUGGCCAAAAGCAGCCUGUAGACGCCGAUACUCCUAUGAGCGAAGGGAACAUGACACCAAACGUCUAUCAUGGCUCCGAAGAUCAAUCCACGAAAGCAUUUAUAUCCGGCAACUAUGGGCAGCCUGGGCUUGCUAUCUUUACUCCUGCUGGCAGCAUCGUCCCUGCAGGACAGAAGAGCUUUUGCAGUAUCAGCAAGCCCCGUUCCAUAAUGGCAGUUGCGCUUCAAGUGUUGAAAAGCAACUGUCCCAACCCAUCGCCAGAGCACAAACUUCCCCCACUCAUUAGCAAUAUCUGUGACCUCAUUCGGGAUCUUGGAAAUCUUUCAUAG